UGAAAACGGCUUUGCGUGGCCUUGUAAAGCCUUUGUAAUGAGACGCAGCUGCCAGAAUGCACCCAAAGUUGCAAAAUGGCUCAAAAGAGUCUAUGUUCAAACUCCUUUUUUAAUAUGACAAAGUCUGCUGGUGCUCAGGUGAAACCCUGAUGCUCAGAAUGGCUAUUCGUGGUGCUAACAGCGCUCCGAGCAAAUCGGCGGUGAAAUUGCUCUCAGCAAAUGAAGCGCAACUUGUGCUGACGGAUUUUGGGACUGCAGCUGAAGCUCAUGUGCACAGGAGGGUGCGUUCGGAGCAGCAGGGUCAGCUGUACAGCCCGUGAGCUGGAUCCAGCCUCUCCCGACCUCAGAGACUUCCCAGGAACUCUUCGCACAAAAGGUGAUGCCAAGGAAGGUACGCGUGGCUUGGGGGGUCUUUUUUCAUUUAAAACUUCUGCUGAGCAUCUGUUCCUGGUGCUGUGGAAGACAGGAUCCUGGACUAGGCAGACUUCUUAUCUAACACAUUAAGGAUAGUGGAAGUCCUUUGACUUGUGAGAGCUUAUUGUGCCCAGACGAAAUACCCAAGAAAGCUGUGUCUGAAGAGAGAAACCUUUGCCCUGUGACAGGUAGAGCCAGGGGAACACAACGUUCUUCCGGCUUUUUAAAGAAGUGACUCCGGCAGGUUGGAGCUGAGAUGCAGAGGGCCACAAAGAGAGCUGAUCCUGUGGCUGCCCAUGCCUGCUCCGGACGGAAGCGAUCCCAGACCUGACGGCACACGGCCUCGCAGCGGCAGAACUAGCGUUUUCAGCGUUGGCUGACGUUUGGCACCUGGUGACCCACCCUCCUGCUCUGCAGCUAUUGCAGCAGUUGAGCAGCAAACAUUUCAAGGAUGACUGUCCCCAGAGGAGAUGUCUGGAGUGAAAGAAAUGGAACAACUCGAAUGUGUCCUUAGUGCAAAGCAUUAAAGAUUUUAGCUGGCAGUUCUUGCGCAUCAGAUCCAUCCGGGGUGGAAACUGCUGCAGAGGAGUAAUGUUGUUGCUAUUUGCUUAUCAGUUGUGGUAAACAUUAAAGCUGUUCGGAGGACUUUCCCGUCAGUGAAGUGCUAUUUCAUAAUGUUGGUUUAUAAACCGUUCUGGAGCCACCUCAGCCGGAAGCAGACAGUGAUUCACCGGCUGUUCGUCUGUUAGCUCAGCUGCAUAUGGCGCUCCGUAUAGAUGAACGAGCUGUAGUCAUCCCAGACGUUGUCUGUGGCGACAUCAUUUAGCUCUCCACGAUGUUUUCAGGUUAAUAUUAACAUUAUUAUUAAGUUAUCAUCCUUUAUGCAGCCUCUGGAUCUCCAAACUCAAGCUCUGGAGGCCUCUCAGGAAAGGAACUUGAAGUCAAGGUAGCUGACUUUAUUGAGACCUUUUGGGUUAAAUUUGAGGGAAAUGGAAUGGGAUUUUGUCUAGGCACUCGAGAAUCCGGGAACGCCUAAGCAACCAGAGUGUGUAUGGAUCUCCUUAUCGUCCUCUUCUGAGAUCUUUAUUGGUGGGAACUCCUCGACAGGCCUUUGCCGUAGGCUUAACUCUAAAGUUUCAGUUUUAGGGUGGAGAUCAUUAGGAUUCAAGCUCCUUAUAGCCCGCUUCUGAGAUUUUGUCUAAAGCUGAGUUUGAAAUCUGUUCACCUUUCCACAAGAUGGUCUUUCUCUUUCUGAUAAUAUUCUGAUUAAAGCAGCUGGAUAAACACUUUCAUACUCGGAGCCAAAAGUCUUCCGAGAAGGAUGAUUUGACACUGAGCUUGACUGGAUUCUUCUCGGCCUGAAGCCAAAACCCUGAUGACUAACGCAGCCGCAGCAGGAAAGGCCGGGUCCGAGCGCUGCCCGGUCCUGGGGGCACAGGUGCCCUCCCAGACACUUCCCCGCCUUACAGCGAGCCGAGGACGGCGUUUCCUGCUGCUCUUGGGUCCGAGCCAGCCACCUUCUCAUCAUCCACAGUCUUAAGUGGAACAGCAGAUGGAUCAGUUGCUUCCUAGAGACGAACCAAACACGGAUGCAUUUGCAGACAGAGCUGCUCUUGUUUUGAAAGGAAGCGUUGCGCUGACCCGCAUGGAGGAACGGUCGCUGCUCGGAUCCUGCUCGGCGCCUUGCCGCGGGCUGGCUGUCCUGCCUCUCCCGGCAGCCCAUCAGCCGGGGCUUACUGGCCCUGCCUCGACCUUCUCCAUUUCUAGCAUCUGUAUUUUACUGCGAGCCCCUCUGUGUGGCUGAGCGACUCUCCGAUUUUGCCAUGCUCUGCUGAUGCCUUUCGCUCUUGUUUAAAGCCACUUGCCCUCCCUAAGCGCUAACCCCUGUCCAGCCAAAAGGCAGCGGUGCAGGAUCCCUGCAGAUCGCUCCAAGCUGCUCUGAACAGAUGCUCCUGUGACUUCAGAUUUUGGCACGCUUAAAAAGGCCUGUGAGCUUUAAAAUAGCUCUUCCUGGAGAAGUACGGCUACUUGGGCGAGCCGGGGGCCGGCAGGCACAGCCCCGCGGCGGUCAGCGCGGCGCUGAGGGACUUCCAGUGGGUGAGCCGCCUGCCGCGCAGCGGGCUGCUGGAUGCCCCCACGGUGCAGCAGAUGGGCCGGCCGCGCUGCGGCACCGACGACGCGCGGAGCCAGGCCGCCUGGGCCCGGCGGCUGGGCGCCCUCCUCUCCGGCCGGCCGCGCCGCAAGCGCUACAGCCCGCACGGCGGGAAGUGGUACAAGCGGCACUUGACCUACCGGGUGGUGAACUGGCCCUCGUACCUGCCGCAGCACGAGGUCCGCCUGGCCGUGAAAGCCGCCUUCGAGCUCUGGAGCAACGUGUCCUCGCUGGUGUUCUGGGAGGCGCGGGAUGGCCCGGCCGACAUCCGCCUGACCUUCUUCCACGGGGACCACAACGAUGGACUCAACAACGCCUUCGAUGGACCAGGAGGUGCCUUGGCUCACGCCUUCUUCCCCCGCCGCGGAGAGGCCCACUUCGACAGCGACGAGCGCUGGUCCCUGCACAGCGGCAAAGGGCGCAACCUCUUCGUCGUGGUCGCGCACGAGGUCGGCCACACGCUGGGGCUGGAGCACUCGCCCGUCAAGAGCGCCCUGAUGUCGCCGUACUACAAGAAGCUCAGCAAGGAUUUCGUCCUCAGCUGGGACGACAUCUUGGCCGUCCAGAACUUGUACGGGAAGCCUUCCAAGGGCUCGGCCAUCCAGCUCCCCGGGAAGGUGUUUACCCACUUCCAGGACUGGAGCACGGACCUUUUUGGUGGGGAACGGCGGCAGAGGAGCCUCAGUGCCUAUUACUGCCACUCCUUCUUCGAUGCCAUAACCGCCGACGUGGAUCACAACCUGUACAUCUUCAAAGGCAGCCACUACUGGCUGGUGUCGGUGAGCGGUAACGCCAGCGACCCGCAGCCCCUGCACACCCGCUGGCCCGGCCUCCCCUCCGGCAUCGACGCCGCUGCCUGGUCCGAGCUCAGCGGCAGGUUUUACUUCUUCAAAGGUGGCCGAUGCUGGCGCUACAAAGGCCCCUCCCUGGAGCGAGGUUUCCCGCAGAAGUGCAGCGCCGGCGGCCUCCCGCGGCACCCCGACACGGCCCUCUACUUCCCGCAGCUCCGGCACCUGGUGCUCUUCAAAGGGCCCAAGUACUUCGUGGUGAGCGAGGAGACGCUGCGCGUGGAGCCCUACUACCCCCGGAGCCUGCGGGACUGGGGCGGGCUGCCCCCCGGCACCACGGGCGCCCUCCGGCACCGCGACGGCUUCCUCUACUUCUUCCGGGACGACCAGUACUGGCGGUUCGACCAGGCGAAGCUGCGGGUGGUGGCCACCGGCAAGUGGGCCGCGGAGCUGCCCUGGAUGGGCUGCUGGGACGCCAACGGCGGGCAGGUCCUCUUCUGAGCUCCUCCGAGCCCACGUGCCUCGGCCGCCGCCUCUCCUUGAAUCCCCGUGUCCGGGCAGGCGCCGGCGGCGGCCGCCGGGUUUCCCUGCGCUGGGGUCGGCUUGGCCGCGGCCGCCGGAGCCCGGAGGAGCCGCUGCCCUGGGGACUGGCAACCCGGCGUCGCGUCCUCCAGCCCAGGCUGGUUCGACGGGGCCAAGCGGGCUGGGGUUGGGGGAGCAAAGAUGGCUAAAACAAGCCACGAAGUGCGGCGUAAACCCCAGGGACCACAGGACUAUUCACUGCCAGCUUUCAGAGUAUUUUUUAUGCCUUACUUUCAGAGCAGGACUGGUUUUUAUUGAUGCUUUUUUGGUCGUUUGCCUGCAGUCACGCGGAGCGACGCCUCGCCGUGGUCGCCGCGGGGCUUGGCAGGCUCCGGGCGAUGAGCAGAGACCGAGACUUUCUCUGGUUAAAGCACAAAGCGCUGGUUGGACAAAAACAAGGACAGAAAUAAGCUGCUGCCGGAGGGCGGCGGGGCGCUGCGGCUUGGCUUUCCAGCGGGCUGGGGGUGGUGGUGGAUUCUCCGCUGUCUAAUACGGAUUGUGCUCCCCUCACAGCCUUUCUCCCACGCAGGGAAAGUGUCCCUCCUCCCUCUGGUCGUCUCCCUACGAGGAACUUGAAGAGUUAAAACACUUGUGGGUCCUGUGCCCCACUGCCACAGUUGGUUGAAUCGGAUUUAAAGGAGGGGAAGAGGGGAGGGUGACCGGGAUGGACGGGCAUGUGCGCGCAGCCGGGGCCGGCCGGCACACAGCUUACAUUUCUCAGCUCUCCCUUGCUUUGAGAGCUCUGGAAGUCUUCACGGAGCCGGUGCUGUUUGUAUGCCAAAGGGGAGGGCGUGGGAGCCGGAGCGGGGGUGCCGGAGGGGACGGUGAUGGGCGCAGCCUGCCCGCCCCUUGCCUGGGCUUGGUUUCGGGAGCCGCAGGGCGCUGCCGAGCCCGGGGGGUGAGGGAGGGCCGGGGGCCGGGCAGUGCGUGCCGCGAGCGCCUGCGGUGCUGUGAGACGCCGGUCGAGACUUGUUCCUGGGCGGGAUGGACACAGUGCUGGCGUUUCUGUUUGCUUUCCGUGAUAUUUGUGAAUGAACGGGGACACGGGGACACGGGGCGCUCGGCUGCUCCAGGCUCGAGAUCUCAGGGGAUUUGCAGUGUUGCCAAAGAGACGGCGCCUCUUGGUUUGGGUUUGAAUGGGUGGUAAUGAUGCACCGUGGACUGCAGCGAGUGCCAAAGGCGCGGAGAGCCGGUGGCGAAUAAAAAAAGCCCUCCGCGUGCUCAGUGUUGGGA